CGUUUGUGCUCUGCUGGAGUUCGCUCUGCGGUGGAGUACGAGAUGCAUUAUAUUCGUUAGUUUUGUGUUGUGAUGUCCCGUGUUAAUUAUGUAAAAGAAUGAUUGUAAUUUUGGUACUAUUUUUAGUUAAAUUUUCCCCUUGAGUCUGUUUUGUUUUGCACAUCUUGCACAUCCUUUUUCUGUGCUAGCAGUCUUCAGCAUAUAGCGACAAGGUCGGACAUAAACUUCAGGAAUACAUUCGCUGUUGAGUGAAUCAGUAAUUUAUAUUCGCAUAUCACAGGAGUUGUCCUGUAUCUCAGUUACAUUAUCAGUUGUUUUCUCUCAUUUGUAGUUGGCUUGGCUUACGCCACUAUAUUUCUAGUAAGUGUUUAUUUCUUAUUAUAUUUUAUGUCAUCUUACAUGUGUAAUUUGUUGCUUAAACUUCGCCUUGUAUUCUGUUUGUUUAGCGAGUAAGAUUAUUAACUACUCCGUUGGAAUCGUGUCUAUAAUUUCCAAGCACCUACAAAAGUAGAAAUAUAUGUAACACUGGAUUCGUUGGAAUCGCUAUUUAAAAGGAUGUCAGUAACGAAAGAGACUCGACCAGAGAUUGAAGCAUCUCCCGUUAAUGAUGACGAAGAAAGAAGAGUUGUCAAACUAACAGAUAAGGGAAGAUCCUUUAAACUUCAGUGUCUGUUAGAAGAACGAGAAAGAAUAUUCAGGCGAUUGAUGAGAAGGUCGUCCGAAAUAGACAACUUAGUGGGCUUCGGGAGCAUAACGACGAUAGAAGAAACGCUAUUAAGAUUCAACGACUUGGUAAAAAAGUUUGAAAAUGUUCACGAACAAUGCGUCCCACUCUUUACUGAUGAAGAGAGGCGCGAUGAUCAAAAUUGGUACGACGACAAAGACGAAAAAAUAUUUGAUUUCAAACAUCGUGCCAUCAACCAAAUUAGAGAGUUGAAAGAAAAGCAAGAAUGUGAAAGUCUGAAAUCGCACGAUAGCCGGAAGGAUAGAGCGUCUAGCAAGUCCCACACAAAGGCGUCAUCCGAAUCGUUUCAAGAACGAUUUAAUAAGAAAGUGGAGAAAACCGAAUGUAUGAGUGAAGGAGAUUUCAGAAAUGAAAGACAAAGAUUUGCUCUGGAAUCGGAAGAGUUAAAAAACUUAGAGGAGGUGUCUCAACUCAAAGCACGUUUGGGUGUCCUGGACCGAAAUCUGAAGCGCGUGCAAAAAUAUCAACGCAGCCAACCAGAUGUAGAGCGGUAUCAACGCAGGAUAGAUGAAGGUAUGAAUUCGAGAGUUGAUGAUGAAAGUAGUAUCUUGUUUAAGUUGUUAAAACUACAAUCUGCACCAGAGGUUGACAUUGAGCCAUUUAAUGGAGACCCACUAAAUUUUAAUUAUUUUAUGGCUAUGUUUAAGGAGGUUGUAGAAUCAAAGGUAGAUGAUCCCAGAGGCAGGUUAACCAGACUUAUAAAGUUUACAAUAGGUGAACCUAGAGAACUUAUUCGACAUUGCAUACAGCACCCCCCUGAGGUUGGUUAUGAAAACGCUAUUGAACUUCUGACAAAAAGGUAUGGGAAUCCCCAUAUUAUUUUAGCUAAUUACAGAAAGGAAAUAAGAGAUUGGCCUCAGUUAAAGUUCAACGACGCAAAAGGGUUCAGAGAUUUUUUCAGUUUCUUAAUAAAGUGCCAGAGCAUUGUAAUUGGGAGGGACUGGAAUGUGUUGGAUACCCCUGAUACCAUAUGUGCUCUCGUUUCCAAGUUGCCAGGUUCUUUGACGGAUCGUUGGAACCGCAAGGUUAUGAUAAAACGUCAUAAGCACCUUUCAGAACCUAGUUUAGAGGAUUUCAUUGACUUUAUUGAGCAGGAGUCUACCUUGAUAAAUGAUCCGCUAUUUUCAAGGAACGCACUUAAGCAGUUUACUAACACAAAGGAAAAGUUACCUGAUAAGAGGAAAUCUUACAAAAGCUUUGCUAUGAAUACCAACUAUAGAUCGUCAAAUGACAUUAAAAAGCUGUGCCCUGCUUGUUCUGCUAAGCAUGAUUUAGAUGACUGUAAACUGUUUCUGAGUUAUACCAUAGAGGACAGAAGCAAAUUUCUUGGACGAAAAAGAUUAUGCUAUGGCUGUUACGAUCCAAUAACCGACGAACACAACGCAAAAUCCUGUCCACAUCGACGCAAAUGUACCAUUUGUAAAGGAAACCAUCCUACUGGCUUGCAUGGCUUUAGAUUUAGGAAAAGAAGUGACUCCAAGGAUAAGGAAGAAAACAAAGAAAGCACCGAAGAGAAGGAAUCUGUUAAGAUCAAUGUCACUGGAUUGUCAAAAUCAUGCAAUUCUUUAAACGUUGGUGAAGUUAUCAGUCUUUGCAUAGUGCCAGUAAAGGUAUCACAUAAAUCUACUGGUAAGAGUGUGACUACCUUAGCCAUGCUGGAUAAUUGCAGCCAAGCUUCGUUUGUAACGACAGAUCUAGUCAAGAGAUUGGACGUCAGUGGUGCUGAAACAUCAUUAGCCAUUAAAACAAUUAACGGAACAGAAACUGUUAAAUCUGAGGCAAUAGAAGAUUUGAUAAUUGAAGGCAUUAGCACACAAUUUGAAAAUAUCCCGUUCAUGUUACCCAAGGCAUACACAAGAAGAGAACUGCCCGUAGAUAAGGAUGAUAUAGCAACUACCGAUAAGUUAUCUCAAUGGAAAUACUUGGAACCGGUUUAUCCACACUUUAGAAUCCAGAAGUUUGAUGUUGACUUGUUGAUUGGCGCAAAUUGUGCAAAGGCACUUGAACCAGUGGAUGUGCUGCCCAGUCAAGAUGGUGGCCCAUAUGCAUACCGAACCAUUCUUGGAUGGUGCAUUGUAGGACCAAUCAAGUCAGAAGGUAAAAAUAAUUAUUCUAUCAAAUCUUGUCAUAAAAUUGCUGUGAACGACAUAGGAAACAACGGAAUUGCUAAGCAUCAUUUUGAAUCAAAAAGUAGUGUGAAAGAAACUCAUAUUAGUAACAUGCUUGAAAAGUUGUACCUUUCAGAUUUUACGGAGGCAAGAUUGUCGCCUCGCAGCAACAUAGAAUUUAAUCUAGAAGAAAUGUCAAUAGAAGAUAAAACAUUUCUAACCAUAAUGGAGUCAAAAGCAGGCAAGGUUGGAAGUCAUUAUGAACUGCCUUUGCCAUUCCGAAACAAAGACUUGUUGAUGCCUGACAACAGAAACGUUGUGCUGAGAAGACUGAUGCAUUUAAAGGAAAGAUUUAUACGAAAUCCGAAAUUCCUAGCUGAAUACCAAAGUUUCAUGAAGAACAUCAUAGAUAAAGGUUAUGCAAGAAAAGCCGUGCUACCUGCAUCUCCUGGGAAGUCUUGGUAUAUCCCCCAUCAUGCAGUUUAUAAUGAAAAGAAGAAUAAGAUCAGAGUAGUCUUCGAUUGUGGAGCAGAAUACCAUGGUAGAUCAUUAAACAAGGAAUUGAUCCCUGGACCAGACUUUACCAACCAUCUUAUAGGUGUGCUUAACAGAUUUAGAGAAGGAACCAUAGCAGUCAUGGCUGACAUCGAAUCUAUGUACUUCCAGGUGUUUGUAACGGAACACCAAAGAUCGUUUCAGAGAAUUCUUUGGUGGGACAAAAGCGAUAAAGAAAUGACCAAACCGGUCGAAUACGAAAUGAAUGUCCACAUCUUUGGAGCGACUUCGUCUGCGAGUUGUAGCAAUUAUGCCUUGAAGAAAACUGCCUUAGAUAAUCAAGGCAAAUUUGGAACUGAUGCAGCGGAAACGUUAUUGAAGAAUUUUUAUGUCGAUGACAUGCUGAAGUCAAAAGAUAAUCUUGGUGAGACCAUUUCGUUAAUGAAAAACGUCACUUCUAUGUGUAAGGCGGGAGGUUUUAGGUUAACAAAAUUUGUCAGCAAUAAUAAAGAAGUGUUAUUGUCUAUACCUGAAGAUGAUCGGAAAACGGGGUUUACUGAUUGUGAAUUAUUGUCUGGAGAUACGGAUCUGCCGUCCGAUAGUACGUUAGGUAUCACAUGGGAUAUCGAAAUGGAUUGCUUCAAAUUUAAGAUCGAACUGAAAAAGACGCCCUACAGCAGAAGAGGUAUGCUUUCUAUGUUAAGCACGUUGUACGAUCCUUUGGGAUUUUUAGCUCCAUUUCUAGUCAGAGGAAAAAUAAUCCUUCAAGAACUGUGCAGCAUGAGCCUAAAUUGGGAUGACCCAGUUCCUGAAGACAAUUGUAAUGACUGGAACAGAUGGAAAGACUGUAUCCAGCCUCUUGAAGGAUUUAGAAUACCGCGAUGCUUCAAGCCCAAAAAAUUUGGUAAGAUUGUUCAUUCCUCGAUCCACUACUUUUCUGAUGCAUCAGAGUUUGCAUAUGGCCAAGCUACGUACCUAAGAAUAGUAAAUGAAAGUGGCAGAGUACAUGUUUGCUUGGUUAUGGGUAAGGCAAGAGUCGCUCCUUUGAAAUUCGUAUCUAUGCCUCGAUUAGAAUUAACAGCAGCUACUUUGUCUGUUAAGAUAGCUUCUUUGUUGAGACAAGAAUUGCGACUACUAUGUAUUAAUGAAUAUUUUUGGACUGAUAGUCAAGUCGUCUUAGGAUAUCUAAAGAAUCAAACGAAAAGAUUCAAAGUUUUUGUGGCUAAUAGAAUCGAGAUUAUCAGAAGCAACAGCAAAAUCGACGACUGGAAUUAUGUACCGUCGAACGAAAAUCCGGCUGACAUAGCGUCAAGAGGAUCAGAUGCUUCGAAAGACAAACAAGUUAAAAUGUGGUUUAGAGGACCAGAGUUUUUGUGGAAUGAUCAGUCUAGUUGGAAACUAUCCAAACACGCCGCAGAAGUAGACGAAAACGACCCGGAGGUUAAGAAAGUGAAAGUAAACGCUUGCCUAGUCACAAAUGAUCUGAUGAGCACGCUUGAAGAACGCAUGUCUUGCUGGAAGAAAAUAAAGCGUGUAAUGGCGUGGAUCCUUCUGUUUGCAGAUAGAAUCAAAACGAUAAAACCCGGCGAUGCAUCCACGAAAGGUAUCAUCGACGUAGAACGAUUAAAAUGCGCUGAAAGAAAAAUCAUGCAACUGACUCAAGAAAAAUAUUUCGAAACGGAAUUGCGAAAUUUGUUGUCUGGGAAAAUCAAUGUUAAAAACAAAUUGUCGAAACUUAAUCCCUUUGUUGAUUCACAAGGCCUGUUAAGAGUAGGAGGAAGAAUCGAACGAUCUGGGCUAGAUAAAGAACAUGUGCAUCCUAUCAUCAUGCCGAAAGAUAGCCAGACAUCCAUGUUGAUUAUUCGAUAUUGCCAUCAGAACGUCGCACAUGCGGGCAGAGGAAUAACCAUCAACAAAGUACGAAGUUAUGGGAUUUGGAUCGUGAAUAUAAAUGCUUUAACACGAAAGGUCAUUCAUAAGUGCACCAUAUGUAGGAGUUUAAGAGGACGUGCUGGAGAGCAAAAGAUGGCCGAUUUGCCAAAAGAAAGGUUCAACGAAGCACCACCAUUCAGUUAUUGCGGAUUAGAUUGUUUUGGUCCAUUCUUGAUCAAGGUAAGGAGAAGCGAGAUGAAAAGGUAUGGUGUAUUGUUUACAUGUUUGUCUAGCAGAGCUGUACACAUUGAAAUCGCAAGCAGUUUAGAAACUGAUACGUUUAUUUUGGCCCUUCGUCGCUUUGUUGGCAGAAGAGGAAACGUAAGGUAUCUAAGAUCUGAUAAUGGGAGUAACUUCGUUGGAAGUGAUAAUGAAUUAAAACGAGCUUUUUUAGAAAUGGAUCAUGAAAAAAUCAAGUUUUUUCUAAACGAGUUAAACGCUGAUUGGAUAUGGAACUUCAAUCCACCAGCAGCCAGUCACAUGGGAGGAGUCUGGGAGAGGCAGAUAAGAUCAGCCAGACAAAUUCUAACCUCAUUGCUAAAGACCCACGGUUCAAGUUUAGAUGAUGAAUCAUUAAACACCCUCCUCAUUGAAACGGAAGCCAUAUUAAACUCAAGACCCCUAACAGUCGAUACCCUCAGUGACGCGAAUAGCUUCAUACCAAUAUCUCCAUCAAAUAUCUUGACAAUGAAGUCAGAUGUCGUGUGGCCACCACCGGGAGAAUUUCCGAAACCUGAUGUUUAUUCGAGGAAAAGAUGGCGUAGAGUUCAACACAUAGCAAAUGAAUUCUGGAUUAGAUGGAGAAAGGAAUUUCUUUCAACCCUUCAGGAACGUCGACGUUGGAACACGAUUAAACGUAAUUUUGAGGUUGGAGACAUCGUCAUAUUAAAAGACUCAACCAUGUUUACGGUUCGAAAUCGAUGGCCGUUAGCAAGAAUUGUGAGCGUCGUGUCAGAUAAGCAUGGAAUAGUGAGAAUUGUGAACAUUCGAAUGAGCGGAUCUCGAGUCGUAAUGCAACGGCCGAUAUCAAAAGUAGUUUUGCUUCUGGAAAACGAAUAGUCCGAUUCCCGACGAGGAGCCAUUAGGUCAUGUUGUAUGCACGAACAUGAGAGGAGCCAUGUGUUCCUGCCGUAUUGAAAUUUAUAUUUAUUAUGUAAUUUGUGUUGUCCUUGUGUUGUCCCGUUUGUGCUCUGCUGGAGUUCGCUCUGCGGUGGAGUACGAGAUGCAUUAUAUUCGUUAGUUUUGUGUUGUGAUGUCCCGUGUUAAUUAUGUAAAAGAAUGAUUGUAAUUUUGGUACUAUUUUUAGUUAAAUUUUCCCCUUGAGUCUGUUUUGUUUUGCACAUCUUGCACAUCCUUUUUCUGUGCUAGCAGUCUUCAGCAUAUAGCGACAAGGUCGGACAUAAACUUCAGGAAUACAUUCGCUGUUGAGUGAAUCAGUAAUUUAUAUUCGCAUAUCACAGGAGUUGUCCUGUAUCUCAGUUACAUUAUCAGUUGUUUUCUCUCAUUUGUAGUUGGCUUGGCUUACGCCACUAUAUUUCUAGUAAGUGUUUAUUUCUUAUUAUAUUUUAUGUCAUCUUACAUGUGUAAUUUGUUGCUUAAACUUCGCCUUGUAUUCUGUUUGUUUAGCGAGUAAGAUUAUUAACUACUCCGUUGGAAUCGUGUCUAUAAUUUCCAAGCACCUACAUGGGGUUUGCGAUUAAGG